AUGACGGACAAUCUAACACCGUAUGACGAUAUUGAUCAAAAGGUGCGACCAAGAAGUGAUUCUAUAUAUUCCAAUCCAGGUUUUCUCAAUGAGGAGAGAAAUAAUCCAGAAUUAACAUUACUAAAUGAUACAUUAUCAUCGUCAGCUACUAUUGAGGAGUCACCUUUUGUAGAAGUAGCUAUAAAUGUAUCCAACACAGAUGAUCCAACGAUGCCAUGUGUAACAGUUCGAUCAGUAUUUCUUGGAAUUUUAUUAACAUGUCUUAUGUCAUUUACUAUUCAAUUUUUUGCUUAUCGUACAUCGCCAAUAGAUGUCAAUAUAGGUAUUGUUAUAUUAGUUUCAUAUUUAAUCGGUGAAUUACUGACAAGGAUAUUACCUAAAAGUAUAUUUAAUAUAACAAUAAAUUCAGGACCAUUUACUGUUAAAGAACAUGCUUUGAUUACAAUAAUGGCUACAUCAAGUGUACGAACAUAUGAAGCUAUGGAAGCAUUAACUGUUCAACGUAUUUAUUAUAAUUAUUAUCUUAGUCAUUUUAAUUCAAUAUUAUUUUUAUUAAUAAUGCAAUUUUUAUCUAUUUCUAUAUCAGGUAUUCUAAAUAGAUACCUUAUAUGGCCAGCAUAUAUGAUAUGGCCAAAAACUUUAAUGAGUUGUUCAUUAAUUCGUGCAUUAACUCAUACAGAUGAAUCUAAUAUUGGAAAAUCUCGAUGGACAUCAAUGUCACGUGCAAAUUUUUUUUGGUUAAUUUUUCUAUUUGAAUUUAUUUAUCAUUGGUUACCCGGAUAUAUAUUUCCGAUUUUAUCAUUUUUUUCAUUGAUUUGUAUGAUUGGACCUAAUAAUCUUAUUUUUUCACAAAUAACUGGUGCAAAUGGACUUGCUUUAGGUGCAUUCGAAUUCGAUUGGAAUGCUUGGGUAGCUUAUUUAGAUUCACCUAUUCUUACACCAUUUUGGGCACAGAUGCAUAUUCUUAUUGGAUUUAUACUUGUUGCCUGGAUUGGAGCACCUUUAGUUUAUUAUUUAAAUAUUUGGGACACAGAAGUAGCACCUAUUAUUUCUAAUCGAGCGUUCGAUAAAGAUGGUUAUUAUUUUGAUGCGAAUCAAAUAUUAGACGAUCGUUUACAAUUAAAUAAAACUGCUCAUCACAUACAUGGUGAUGCAUAUUUGACUGCUGGAAAUAUUGUUGCAAUUUGUUUUACGUUUGCAGGCAUAGCAGCUUUGAUUGUACACACGGGUUUAAUGAAUAUUGUUAAGAUGCUUCUAUGUAAUUGUAUAGGUAAAACAAUACAGGAACAAUUUCGUUCAACUGUAUCUGACAAGCCAAAUGAUAUUCACGCCAAACUAAUGUUACAAUACCCAACAGUUCCCGACUGGUGGUAUUAUAUCAUACUUUUACUCACAGUUUUAGUUGCAGCAAUUUUCUGCUCUCACAAUGGAUUAAUGCCAAUACCCGUGAUGCUUUUAACGAUUGUUUUUCUCAUUGUUCUUGUUCUACCAAAUGGUAUCAUAACAGCAACAACAAAUAUGAUGCUAACUGGAUGUGCUCUGAAUGAUUUUAUCACUGGUAUAAUUAUACCUGGUAAUCCACUUGGUUUUUUAACAUUUCGUGUAUUUUCAUGUGCAUGUCAAAAUCAAAUUAUUGUACAUUUAACAAGCUUUAAAAUCGGUCAUUAUAUGAAAAUCUCUCCUCGUGUUGUAUUUUGUUCAUUAAUUUUAUCUUCAGUUAUAUCUUGUAUAAUUCAUUAUAUAACUGCAAUAUACCUUCUUAAUCAUGUUCCAAAAAUAUGUUCAAAAAGCAAUCUUGCAUGGAAAUGUCUCAAUGUAGAAAAUACGCAUACAGCAUCAGUAGUGUUUGGUGUAGUUGGAGCUUUUAGACCAGGUUCAAAAUAUUUUCCGAUAUUGUGGGCUGUUCCAGUUGGUUUCGUAUUACCUAUAAUAACUUGGUGUUUAUGGAAAAAAUAUCCUGAGAUUAAAUGGAUAUCAUAUAUUAAUUUUCCAAUUCUUCUUUUGGCAACAGCUAAUCUUCCACCAGCUCCAACUGUUACAUUUCCAUCGUGGGUUAUAGUUGGAUUUAUUUUUAAUUAUAUUAUAUAUCAUCAUGCAAAUGAUUGGUGGGAAAAAUAUGCAUAUAUAUUUUCGGCUGCAAUGAGUUGCGGUGUAGCUCUAUGUAGUCUUGUAAUAUUUUUUGUGUUUGAUUUGCGUCAGACUAAUACUCCUUCUUCAUUAUGGAGAUCAGGAGGAUCAACUGGAGAUGGAUGUCCAUUAGCUAGUGCAAAUUAUUCAGGUAUUCUUCCAACUUGGAGACAGUAUUUAUAA